AUGAACUGCCGAUUCUUUAGCCAUUUUCCAGUUGGAAUUUCCCAUCCAGUCGCAGUGUUUCUUACUGAGGCUUUGGUCAAUGUCCUGCCCCCAUGCCUGUUUAAGGUAUUCUUCAAGAACAUUCUUCUUGGUCUACCUGCACAACCAUCCGGAGAUUCAGAGCCUCAGAAAAUCAACCGGCGACUAGAAAAGAUGAAUUCUGACGAUCCCCUGUUUAGAGAAGUUGCGCUGCGAUUCAUCUACAUGGCUGCUCAUCCUUAUGCCAGCCGAGUCGUGCGAGCUGUCAUUUUGCGGUUACACAAGCCUGACCUUGCCACCGUGCUCCGAAUGUUUUCAAUGGAAGUUUUUCCACCCGUUUCUUUAGUUACCACUACUGCAGUCAUGUUACCCUGUGACAGCGGAUGUGUUAACGAGGAGUCUGUAAUGGGCCUCAAGUUGGUGUUUAUCAAU